AUGCUUAUAGUAAGAAGUUUCACCGUCUUGCUACUCAGCUGCAUAGCCUUUAGGUUAGCUUGCUGCUUCUCCAGCAGCAUUUCUUCUCUCAAGGCGCUUCCCUUGGUAGGCCACCUGGAGUUCGAACAUGUCCAUCACGCCUCCAAAGAUUUUGGAAACCGAUACCAGUCGCUUCCCUUGGCGGUCUUACAUCCCAAAUCUGUAAGCGACAUCGCCUCAGCCAUACGACACAUCUGGAUGAUGGGACCUCAUUCAAAGCUUACAGUGGCCGCAAGAGGCUGCGGACAUUCCCUCCAAGGCCAAGCACAGACGAGAGACGGAGUUGUUAUCCACAUGGAAUCACUCCAGAUCCAGAAGCCGCAGGUGCACAGUGUGGGUGCUCCUACUCCAUACGUGGAUGUGUCUGGUGGUGAGCUGUGGAUAAACAUCUUGCACGAGACCCUCAAGUACGGGCUUGCGCCAAAGUCAUGGACGGAUUACCUUCAUUUAACUGUGGGCGGUACUCUGUCCAACGCUGGAAUCAGCGGCCAGGCAUUCCGACAUGGGCCACAGAUCAGCAAUGUUCAUCAACUGGAGAUUGUCACAGGAAAAGGCGACAUCCUAAACUGUUCAGAGAGGCAGAACAGCGACUUGUUUCAUGGUGUUCUAGGUGGGUUAGGCCAGUUUGGCAUCAUAACAAGGGCAAGAAUAGCACUGGAGGCAGCACCAACCAUGGUGAAGUGGAUGAGAGUCUUGUACGAGGAAUUUUCUGCAUUUGCGAGGGACCAAGAGCGUCUAAUAUCGGGGGAUAGCAGCAAAUUCGAUUACGUGGAAGGGUUCGUGAUAAUAAACAGGACAGGGCUCCUCAACAGCUGGGGGUUAUCCUUCACCGCACAAGACCCUGUACAAGCCAGCCUAUUCAAGUCUGAUGGCAGGACUCUGUAUUGUCUGGAAGUGGCCAAGUACUUUACAUUAGAGAGCAAGCAUGUGAUCACCCAGGAGGUGAAAGCAUCACUAUCUGAGCUAAGCUACAUGUCGUCGACACUGUUUUCGGCGGAGGUGACAUACGAAGAAUUCUUGGACAGGGUACACGUGUCUGAGAUGAAGCUUCGAUCGAAAGGGCAAUGGGAAGUUCCACAUCCAUGGAUCAAUCUCCUUGUUCCAGGAAGCAGAGUCGAUGAUUUUGCCAAAGGUGUCUUCGGAAACAUCCUAACCGAUACAAGCAAUGGCCCGGUCAUCAUCUACCCAGUCAACAAAUCAAAGUGGGACAAUCGAACGUCAGCAGUAACACCGGAGGAAGAGAUAUUCUACCUGGUGGCGAUCCUGACAUCGGCAGUUCCGGGGAAGGAUGGAGUGGACCAAAUCGUAAAGCGGAACCAAAGAAUACUCGACUUCAGUGAAGCAGCAGGUCUGGGGUUGAAGCAAUAUCUGCCCCACUACACCACAAGACAAGAGUGGAGAUCCCAUUUCGGUGCCAAGUGGGAUGAUUUUGUGCGCAGAAAAUCCAGGUAUGAUCCUUUGGGAAUGAUGGCUCCUGGCCAGCGAAUCUUUGAAAAGGCAGUCUCCUACUCAUGA